AAUUCUUUACGAGGUUCCAAAAAACUGCAACUGCUUGCGGAUCAGGUCACCCAAAGGAAUAGUUCAACUCCGAGUGGUGGUGCGCCGGAAACAGGUUACGCAAAUAACGGCUAUGUAGUUGGCGAUUCUUAUUCAUACGACAAUGCAGAGAGUGUUGACGGUGAAUGCGAAACAAUUCGUAAGUUCAGAGACUUAACGCCCUUAUUACCGUUAUAA